AUGAUGCUCACCAUCAAGCAGCAAUCGACGACAUACGGCUACAAGUCCGUCCAUGAUUUGCCAACUCCGCCUUCCACCUCCCGGCCCUCUCCUCCCUUGAACUAUCAAGACCCAUCCUUCAAACCGUACCUCGUCUCUCAGAACAGCCCAGUGCAGCCCAUGUCUUCUCAUCGUGGCCUGCCUCCUCCGGCGGCCAUGACUCUACCUCCACAGCAGCCUCCUUCCGUUGGCCCUCCGCCGUCACACCACGCUCAACCACCACCUCCUCUACCGCUAUCACAGCACUCUCACCAGGCACAACAACCAUGGCCCUCGCCUUCGGCUGGCCUGCCUCCGCCGCCACAGCAAUGGCAAGGAGCUGAGGAGUCUAUGCGGACUUGGCUCCAGGCCAAGACAGAGGAAGAGAAGACGAGGCAAGAAGAGGAGAGGACCAGGCAAGAGACUUUACGUCUGGAGCAGAGAAAAAUCGAAAUGGAUAUUUUGCGAGCCUCUCUUGGCGGCGGCAUCCCACCUCCCUUGGUUCCUCUAGUCUUUGCUGGCAUGGGAAGCGGGGGCACCCUUCCCCAGGCCGCUCUUGAAUGGGCACAACAGUUCAUGGCUCCAGCCCAAGGCCAUCAUCCCCAGCUGCUUCCGCCCCAGCGGCCGCAUUCACCACCAGACCAUUCGAGGGAGCCCGUAGGCCACGGAAUGGUGUACGCCACUUCUCCAGCACAGGCGACUUCAGCUCAAGGCCCCGGCGGGUAUGGGCCGUAUCCAGGAUCGCCAACGAGGCCAAGAGGCCAGACUGUCUCCGGCGCAAUGGGCCGACCAAUUGGAAUGGCAUCCAACAUGGUGGGCGUCGCCAACCCUCCCCAGCCCCCGCAAGGACCUCCUCCUGUGAUGCCGCCGUACCAAGGGCACGCGCAUACGCAGUCGCAGUCAUCCCAGCAUGACACGAGCCCGUCGAUCUAUUUCCAUCAUUGGCAGCCCCCGGCGACGCAGAGCGGCAGCAGCUCGAACCGGCCCGGAACACCGUCUGGGGAGGCUCAGAAGAAGCGAAAGACGACUGGAGGGGCUUCUCAGCAGGUAACUAGAGCUCCGAGCGAAGACCGAUUUCGAUCCCCGCCGCCAUUCACGCAGCUCGGCUCGUCGAAUCCAGCGUCGCCCAGUCGAAAAUCGCAUAAGCGCCAACGGAGCGAUGUGUCGUGGUAUAGGCCUCCUGGCCAGAUGUACGGUGAGGAUCCUGACCGGCCUCGAGCGAGAACGCCAACACAAGCCCCGUCCUGGGGUCCCUCGCAACGUGAGAGGGAGGAUUCGAGGAGUGCAAAGCAGUCGGUAUCCUCGCUGCUAUCCCGCGAGCCUGAUGACUCGGGUGCACUGUCACGACAGAAUGCGCAGCCCCCGCGGCUCGAGGCGCCGCCGCCGAUACCACGAGCCAGGGGACCGGGAGAGCAAAGAGCUGGGGUAGAUACGCCGCUAUCUGCAGGAGAAGCCGAUCCAAGGUCCCGAAUGGCAGGGGGUGGGAUGCACGAGAGAGAAGCCUGA